AGCAUUUCUGGCGAUGCUGCUCCUCCUAAAGGCUAAAACCCUUGGCGACAAAAAUAAUCACAAAACUAUAAAACCCUCACGAUUUGUUCUGCCAUCAAGAGCUCUUCUUGAAUCAAUUCAAUGGCUUCUGCUGCGAUCAGAAGGCGUACCUCCAAGCGCCUUAUCCUACCAUUCUUGUAUCCUACCUCCUCUUCUGGUGGAGCAUUAACCUCCACUCAUUUACCCCUACCGGACUCGUUAUGCGCAAGUUCCAGAACCUCCGAGCUCCCUCCAUGGCGGAGGUCCAUGGCCACAUUCACUCGAACAAAACCUCAUGUGAAUGUGGGGACCAUUGGACAUGUAGAUCAUGGGAAAACUACACUAACUGCUGCUAUUACAAAGGUGCUUGCAGAAGAAGGAAAGGCCAAGGCUAUUGCCUUUGAUGAGAUUGACAAGGCACCUGAAGAGAAGAAGAGAGGAAUUACCAUUGCAACGGCUCAUGUGGAGUAUGAGACUGCUAAGCGACACUAUGCUCAUGUUGAUUGCCCAGGACAUGCAGACUAUGUUAAAAACAUGAUUACUGGAGCUGCUCAAAUGGAUGGGGGAAUUCUUGUGGUAUCUGCUCCUGAUGGGCCCAUGCCACAAACAAAGGAACAUAUUCUGCUUGCCCGUCAGGUUGGUGUGCCAUCAUUGGUGUGCUUUCUCAAUAAAGUUGAUGCUGUUGAUGAUGCUGAGCUGCUUGAACUGGUAGAAAUGGAGCUCCGUGAGCUGCUUAAUUUCUACAAGUUCCCUGGGGAUGAAAUCCCAAUUGUUCGAGGUUCAGCUUUGUCUGCCUUACAGGGAACAAGUGAUGAACUGGGAAGAAAGGCUAUAUUAAAAUUAAUGGAUGCAGUGGAUGAAUACAUACCUGAUCCUGUGCGCCAGCUUGAAAAGCCUUUCCUAAUGCCAGUUGAAGAUGUAUUUUCAAUUCAGGGUCGUGGAACUGUUGUCACUGGCCGUGUUGAACAAGGUACCAUCAAAGUUGGUGAUGAAGUUGAAAUUUUGGGAUUGAUGCAGGGUGGCCCUCUAAAGACGACAGUAACUGGCGUAGAGAUGUUCAAGAAAAUUUUAGAUCAUGGACAAGCCGGUGACAAUGUCGGUCUUCUUCUGCGUGGUUUGAAACGUGAAGAAGUGCAACGAGGACAGGUUGUUUCCAAACCUGGCUCUUUAAAAACAUAUAAGAAAUUUGAGGCAGAAAUUUAUGUCCUCACCAAAGAUGAAGGUGGUCGCCAUACUGCUUUUUUCUCAAAUUACAUGCCUCAGUUUUACUUGAGAACAGCGGAUAUUACUGGGAAGGUUGAUUUGCCUGAAAAUGUUAAGAUGGUGAUGCCUGGUGAUAAUGUGACUGCAAAUUUUGAGUUGAUAUCACCUCUUCCUCUUGAAGCAGGACAAAGAUUUGCUUUGAGAGAGGGAGGUAGAACAGUUGGUGCUGGGGUGGUUUCAAAAGUGAUUAGCUGAGAUGCUGGUAGAUUGCACCUGUUCAUUUUUUUUUCAUGUUCGCUCGUUAAGGAGGUGAGCGAAGAGGAUGGUAGUGCUAACUUCUUGGACAUACAUGAAAAAUGGUAGUUAACAUGUGGUAAUUACUUCUGGAUUAUAUUUAGGAAUUGUUAGAGAAGUUGAAUGACUGAAAUUUCUGGUCAUUUUUGCAGUGUAGAAUUUUUCAAGUAGCUAUUGGCUACUUUUUUCCCCCCUUCAUAUGCUGCUUGUCUUUUGGAUUUUUGUCUAUCUAGUUUACUUGAAUUUUGUUUUUCUAAGUAAGAAUAAAUGUGCUCCUUGAUCUA